UGAAUUGAUGACAAUAUAUUUUUGUGAAAUGCUUCAGCGAGGAAAACGCCAUUGAACGAUGCUCUAUACAAAAGAAAUUCCAACUUGCAUGCCUGAAAUGGAACAACACAUGCAGCUGAAAGGAUUUCUAAAGUUUGAAAUUUUGAUGUCAUACUGGAAGCUGUUGGGUCAAAGAUUGGGCUCAUGCUCUUUUGAGGAACUUCAAGAGAUUGGUAGCCAGCUAGAACAAAGCUUGAAAAACGUCAGGGCAAGAAAGGUUUGCAACCUUUAGAUUUGCCCCUAGGCUAAAAGUAGUUACAUUAAUGAAUCAAUACAUGAUUACAAGACUUCUGCUUUCGAAGUAAAAUUAGCAUUUGAGUUACUAUCAAAAGAGCUUUUGGGGCAUAUUUAUAGAGUAUUUGUGCGGUCAUUGGACCCUUAUAGACAUACAGCAGCCACAUUUCCUCAGACUCGCCUCCUCCUUAGGUUAUUCCCAUAGAUAGAGCUGCAGCCCACAUUACUUUAACAAUUUAAGUGGUCCAAGAUCUCCAUGAUGUGGGAUUGGAGUCUCUAAUAUACCCUGUACUAGAUUCUUCAUUGUGCCAUCUACCUACUUGUAAGGGACUCUGGCUUGACAUUCCUCAUAUCAUUAAUCCAAAAUUCUCCAGGGUUCUAGAUUCUUCGUUGUGCCUUGCAUCUACCUGUAUACAAUUCCUAUGCAAUACUCUAAAUUGUGUUUGCUUGCAUUUUAUGUCUUAUAGGCCUAGUUGUGUAAGAAGCAAUUAAAGGAAUUAAAGGCAAACGUAAGAAUAACUCCCUCCAUUGAAUUAAACAUAUAUUACUUCCUCAAUCUUCUAGUUUUAUACUUCUCAAUGGUGAGCCUCCUGUUUGUUUUCUCUAUAGCACAUUUUUUAUUUUCCUUUUAUUUUUUUGUGUUUUAAUUACAGGAGAGAAUGUUGGAAGAAAAUGCAAAGUUAUGUUGAAAGGUGGGCCUCUCAUUUCCAAAUCUUGGAGCUCUUUUUUUAUUUGAAAAAAAAAAAAAAAAAGCUUACAAUUUUGCAGUCCAAACUAUCACUAUACUGCGUAAGCUGGGUUGUUGGAUGAUAGGGGCUGUCACAUAAUUAAGACCACCUCAUUCA